CCCCGAGAAAAAAGAAAGAGGCACGAGGAUAAAGGGAGAAAGAAAAAGGACCAGCAAGAUUCUAAUCAAGCUGGAAUGGGUCUGAAUCCUGCGUAUGCUGGUGCUUAUGGUGCAGCACCUCCUUUCUCACAAAUACCAUACAUGGGUGGAGCUAAAGCUGCAGUACCGGAGGCUCCUGCUCCUCCAAAUAGCAUAUUGUUUGUGCAGAAUCUUCCUCACCAGUCUACUCCAAUGAUGCUACAAAUGCUCUUCUGCCAAUAUCCAGGCUUCAAGGAAGUCAGGAUGGUUGAGGCAAAGCCUGGAAUUGCUUUCAUAGAAUAUGGAGAUGAGAUGCAAUCCACUGUUGCUAUGCAAGCCCUGCAAGGAUUCAAAAUUACCGCCGAGAAUCCCAUGUUGAUUACAUAUGCAAAGAAGUAGAUACGACUAUAUUUUAGCUGCUGUCUGUAGAAUUAAACAUCAACUUUCAACUAGGAUUUGAGUGUUGCAAUUUUAAGCUUUAUGAUCCUUGGUUAUCUAAGUUUAGCCGUGUAUUUGCUGUGUACUAGCAGCACCUUGUAAUUUUGAUGUGCUUCUAUAGACCAUUU